AUGGAGGGCAUAACCGUCUUUGUCAUCGUACAGAAGAUAUACUACCCCUUCCUCUGCAUCAUGGGUAUCCCAGCAAACCUCUUCACAUUCUACAUGAUCUGUUUCCGUAAAUGUGGGAUGUCCAGCACAGCCAUCGUUUACCUGAGCUGUCUGGCCAUCGUGGACACCUUCUACCUGCUGUGGGUUAUCCUCAUCGACCUCACUCUCACUUUCUGGAUGCUACAGCCCUUCUGGCACUCCCACCCCUGGUGUGGCAUUCUUGGAUUUCUGCAGUAUGGAACUCUCUACAGCUCCUCUUGGAUUGUGGUGGUGUUCACCAUUGAGCGUUACCUCGUCCUCCGCAGCACAGCCGCCAAACAGCACUUCUCCCAGGCCUGGGUCACCAAACUAACCUGCACGGCUAUUGUGCUGGUGUCCCACAUGGUUUCUGUGCCUCUGGCUUGGAUCAACGUUGUCACACCUGUGAACUACACCGUGGACGGCGUGAACGUGACGCUGCCCAGGUGUCGAUAUCGUGAUGAGACCUACUCCACAGUUAUAGUGUGGGUAACCACAUUCCUCUCUGGAGGAAUCCCCAUCGUGUUGGUUGUCAUCUUCAACUCCCUCAUCAGCUACCAUCUGUGCCGCGCCAGCAACCUCUUCACCAAGGAAGAGCGGCGCAUCAUGCAUGGGAAGAGCACCAGGGGCAUGUUGAGGAGGACUGUUCUGCUGCUGGGCACUGUCUCAGUGACUUUUGUUGUUCUCAGCCUGCCUCGCUUUAUCACAUACUGCAUCCUGAGGACCCAGUACAACGAUGAGAGCUUCAACAGGAACGACUACAGCAUUCCCAUCAAUGUGGCUGGAGACUUAGCCAACAUGCUGCAAAACUUAAACUCCACCACCAACUUCCUGCUCUACUGCAUUGUCAGCCGGUGCUUUCGACGGGAGCUGGUCCAGGUGUUGACUUGCAAGUCGACGGCCCGCGAGGUGGGCUCCGUCCUCACCCAGACUACCAUGAAAGUCUUCUCAGUAGCUGAUCAUAAGACUUCACCAUCCAGCUAUCGUGGAAGUGUGGUGCUAAUCAAUCUCAAACAGACAGAGUAGAAACAAACUCCAAGAGCAGGCAAUGUCCACUCUCUCAAAAUGUGCCUUUAACCAUGGAAGUUCAUUCUUGAUCUUAGAAGUAGCAGCUUCACAAAACAGCCUUGUUUCAAGGUCCACCUACCCACUUCUUGUAGAGCGUUAACCCCAACAA